AUGGUGAAAGGACAGCGAUGGAAAGUCCUUGAAAGGGACGGCGUGAUAGCAAGAGAAGGUCCUGAGGACUAUUGCCGCAAGCUGCCAGAAGUUCUCCCUGCUGGUGCUGUAGUAGAAGAGCAGGAGCUGAAGGGCAAUCGCCUUCGCUUUCUUCGGCUAUCUGGCCGAGGACCUUACACUGGAUGGGUAGACGUCAGGGAGGGCAACACCGACCUCCUCGCACGGGUCGAAAAGCGGGCAGGUGCAAUUGGAGCCUCCGUGCCAGUACAGGCAGAAGAUGACCUGGACGGUACGGCCAAGAGGAAGAAAGGCAGCGAAAAAUGGAGGCCGCAGCCGCAGCCGUCCAUCGAGACCGCAGCACCCCCAAACUCUGCCUUCCCGCGGCCCGGUCGCUUUUGGAAGGUGGUUGGGGCUCCCAAGAAUGGCCUCACCGUGUGGCAGGGCGUCUCUGAGUCGUCUCCUCUGUUGCCAGGAACUUUGCCUCAGGGAGCCGUUGUAGAGGAGGUGCAGGUAGUUGGCAACCGCCUCAGCUUCACUGACUUCUCCAUGCGAGGGCCUCCAAGCGGCUGGGUGAACAUCCGUGAGAACGGCAGGGACAUGAUCGUUGUGGAUAUGGAGGGCCUGUCAACCCUGAACAUCGCCGAGGCACUGAAGGAGAGUGCUGGGCUGAUCUUCCCCCAGAUGCCUCAGCCUGUGCAGCCUGUGCAGCCCGUGCAGCGAGAACGGGAAGAGACUCCUUUGUCUGGUUGGGCGAAGCUGUCCGAGAUGUACCAGAAGCCCUUGGAGAAACAGCGCAUGGACCUGGCUGCAGCUGCUGCAGAGACGGACACAGCCAAGAAUCGCGCAAGGCGCCGGCGUCGGCAGACAACUGUGAAGGAAAUCCCACCUCUGGAGGAACUUGCCCACGCCUCGGAGGAGAUGCUGGUGGACAUGCUUGGCUUCCCCGAGGAGGAGGCCAAGCACUUUGCCAUGAUGAACGAGGAGAGCAAGAAUCGGGUGAUCACUGAGUGCCGAGCGUUGAUUGACAUGUCUCCACUCGAGCGGCAGAUGGCCUUCGAGAAGCUGCGGAAAGCCUGGCCUCGAGGCCCCUUCCCGAGCUUUGCAAAACCCUCGGAGAACCUGCCGAGCACCAGUACGAAUCUGCUCCCUCCCAACACCUGCUUCCCCAUCAAGCGUCCGCCCAAGACCUCUAGCGCUCCUUCCAACUUGGUCUCCGCGUUGGACGGGAAGCCAGGGACGUUCUUCGCGGCGGAACCGGAAGGCCAUCAGAACGCAUUGGAGCAGAAGCGAGCGCUGCAAGGUCUGGCGCAAAAGGUGGCGGUGCUCCCGGCGCAGGAGGUGACUGCCGAUCCCUCCAUUGCAGCCGAGAGGAUGGACUUCUGCCGCUUGCCAGCGACGAAGGUCGACACAGAGAAAUUGGCGCACAACGUGAUGGCCAAGACCAAGCUGGGCGCCGCAGAUGUGGCUCUCUACCUGGCCGAGGAGAUGAAGAAGCGCCCGCUGCUCCUGGACGCCGGGCCCGCGGCGAAGCUGCGGGCUGCCGGCCUCUCCGAGGCGGAAGCAACAAACAAAGCGGACUUCCGCGGGGAGCGCGCCAAGGUCCUCCGAGACUCCGCCUCCCAGCUGGGCAACGUGGACCUCCUCUCGCUCUCCAAGCCUAAUCUGGUCUUGGACACGCACAAGGACUACUUGAAAGCCGGAGCAGACAUUUGCUGCACAAACACUUUCAAUGCGAACCUGUUGGCGCAAAGGGAUUUCAAGACCACGAAGUUUGUGACGGAAAUGAACAAAACGGCGGCCAUACUGGCCAAGCGAGCAGCAGCUGAAAUUACCAAGCAGGACCCCCGGAAGCCGCGCCUGGUUGCCGGCUUGAUCGGCCCCAACAGCAACCUCCUGCUAGGCGCCGGCCGAGCACGCAGUGUAGGCUUCGAUGACCUGGUCGAAUCCUACACUGAGCAGAUCAAAGGGCUGGCAGAUGGGGGCGUGGACCUGCUGGCGCUGGAAGCCGUCUCGGACGCGGUGAGCGCCAAAGCUGCGAUCUACGCCGCGGGAGAGGUUUACCGCCAGCUGAAGCAACGUGUUCCACCUAUGCUGAUCCACGCCGUCGUUGACCCUACAACCGGGCGGACACCUGGCGGCCAGGGUUUGGAUGCCUUCUACGUGAGCGUGAAGCAUGCAAAGCCCUUGGUGGUUGGCUUCAGCGCUGGCUCUGGCAGUGAGAAAGUACUCGGGGCCUAUGCAGGCUUGGCCAAUGUGAGCCAGAGCUUCACAGGCAUUCGCUUGGGCGACGAGGGACAAGCUCCCAACAGCCUUGCGUCAGACGCGGGCCAAGCACUGAAGGCUGCAGUUCCCAACCUGCUGGGUGUCUCUAGCAGCGGGCUGCCAGCGCAUGUGGCCGCUUUGGCGCAGCUGCAAAUUUCUGGGGUGCCGCGCGCCCUCCCAGAAGCCACCAAGGCCAUGAUGCUGUCGGGUCACACCGUCCACACGCUCACCGACUUUAGCCUCGUCGGUCAGCGGGGCAGCACGCGGGCUUCUGAUGGCUUCAAAGCUUUGAUAGAUGAGUACAAGGCCAAGAAAGACCCGGUCUGCCUGCACAAAGCCUUGGACGUAUGUGCACAAGAUGCCGAGAAGGGUGCAGACAUUUUGGACAUUUGCGUGGAUGGCAUCGCAAAUGAUGGCAGCAACCGUGCAAGCAAGGCUGUAUUCGGGAAGUUUGUGGAGAUGUGCGAUGCAGACGAUCGUGUCUCAAAAGCUCCUUUCAUGCUUUGCUCCUCCGACUGGAAGUGCCUUCGAGAAGGGCUCUGCAGCGUCCAGGGCCGCAGUGUGGUGAACGCCAUCUGUCUGAUGGUGGGUGAGGAGGAGUUCCUCCGGAUUGCCAAGGAGUGCCUGAAGCACGGGGCUGCGGUGGUAAUCAUGGCCAUCAGCGAGGAAGGUCGCUGCGUCACCUCCAAGGACAAGGCAGCGGUGCUGCAGAGGAGCUACCGGCUCCUGCGGCAGAAGUUGGACUUCCCCCCCGAGGACAUGAUCCUCGACUGCCACCUUCAGAGUCUCCGGCCCGAUGAGCACCCAGCCGACGUGAUCGCAGCCAUUGCGGAGGUCCGCAGGACUUGUCCAUAUGCCAGUGUCGCGGCGGGGGUCAGCAACCUGAGCGCUGCCUUCGGGAAGCUCAGCAAGCUGCGAGAGGCUUUGCACAGCGUCUUCCUCCAGCACGCGGUGCCGAAAGGCCUCAACGUAGCCAUGGCCGAGGCCGGGCACCUUCCGCUCUACAGCGAUCUGGACAAGGAGACGAGGCAGCGUUGUGAGGACGUCAUCUUGAACAGCGGCAAGGAUGAAGCUGUGCUGAAGAGCUUUAUGGGCUUCAUCAGCUUUCGUAGUGGCGCCACGGUCUGCCUUCCGCUCCAGGCAACAAUUCCGAAGGACGAGUCUGGCCAGGAGGCCUGGUGGGACCUGCCGGAGUGCAAGGCAGCGGCCAAGGAAGCACAGCGCGAGUACUUGGAGAAGCGUGGCCCGCUCGCGACGCCUGCUCUGCAGAAAGCAUUCUUCCAGACCUUGAAGCCCGCCCACGUCGCUUCGUCGGGCAAGAUCUCACCCGACGCGGGCUGCUCGCGUGCAGAUCCUUGCCGUGUUACCAGCACUGGUGGCUCUGGCGCCCUACAGCAACAGGUUCAAACGGCCUUGGCCGCUGGCACCGCCGUGGGAGCGAGCAACCUCUUGGCGCAGCUGAAUGUGUCACUUGGGCAGAAGGUGCUUCUGCUGGACGGCCCUCUGGGCCCUGGCGAGCAGCUUUCAGAAAUCAAGGAUGAGGCCUCUUUCCGCGGCUCACGCUUCCCGGCCUCCGCAAAGGGUAACCUGAACCUGUUGUCCAUCACGAAGCCCGAUGCAGUCAUGAAUGCUCAUCGAGCUCUCCUUAAGGCUGGUGCAGAUAUCAUCAGGACAAACACUUUGUAUGGUGACGCGCUGUGUCAGAAGUACUAUGGCACAGAGGCUGUUUCCUACGAGCUGAACCGUGCCGCAGCUGGCCUAGCCAAACAGGCUGUCGCAGAGGCCGUUAGCCAGAACCAGCUGAAGUACGUCGCGGGCGUUCUGGGGCCGUCCGUGGGUGGCAUUUCAGGCAUCCGACCUGCCGCUACGUGGGAUCAACUGGUGCAGUCUUACCGACCACAGGUACAAGGGCUUGUGGAUGGCGGCGUGCACCUCCUCAUGCUGGACAUGGUUUCAGACACGCUGAAUGCCAAGGCAGCCAUCUACGCCAUAGAGGAGCACUUCUCUAUGAAUCCAAAAGACCGGCUGCCAGUUAUCAUCAACGUCGUCAUGAAGGAUGGGCGGACAGCCUCAGGGCAGACACUCUCCGCUUGCCUGGCCAGCUUGGCGCAUGCGCAGCCCUUCGCCUUUGGCGUUGGUGGAGAGCAGGUGGCCGAAGCUGCCCGGGAAUGCUCCUGUUGGGUUCACCUGGCGGGUGGCGACCCCUCGAGCUCCGUGAAUCUUGCCUCGCCUUCGGGAUCAAAGCCCCAGGAUGUCCAAGCUCUUGCCGCCAAGCUGGGCCAGGUGGCCCCGCGGAAGCUGCCCGCUUCCAACGCCGCCAACGCCCUGCAGCUCUCCAGCUCCGAGGCCAUGACAGCCCGACCGGAGGAUGGCCUGAAGCUCGCUGGGCAACGCUGCCACGUCCAGGGCUCCCAUCGCUUCAAAGGUCUCAUGCAGGCCUACAAGUACAGCAAGGAGGACGAUGUCUGGGAGGCGGCGGUAGAUGUUGCAGCGCAGCAGGUUCAAGACGAGGCCGACCUGCUGGAUGUCAACCUUGACCUUCCGGACUUUGACUCCAAGCUUGCCAUGGGCAAGUUCGUGCGGAGAUGUGCUGUACACCCACAGGUUUCCAAGCUGCCCCUCAUCAUCAGCUCCGUUAGCUGGGACGUGAUCGCUGAGGGCCUGAAGAGCACACAGGGCAAGUGCAUCGUGAACGGCAUCUCCAUGGCCAGCAGCGAGGAGGAGUUCGUGCGGGUUGCUGCUGAGUGCAGGCGCUUCGGGGCAGCCAUCGUCGUGCUGGCCAUGUCCAGGGCGGAUGGCGAGUUCCCCAACUAUCAGGAGAAGGUCACCUCCUGCCAGCGUGCCUACCAGCUGCUGCGAUCCAAGCUGGACUUCCCUGCGGAGGAUAUCAUCUUCGACUGUCUCGUCACGCCUCUGGGUUCCCAUGGAAUCCGGGCUUCCCCGAAGGACUUCAUCGAUGCCGUGGCAGAGGUGAAGCGCACCUGUCCGGGUGUCAGCUUCAUCGCUGGCGUUAGCAACCUGGGCGUGGCCUGUCGCAGUGCUGCCAUGCUGCGAGAGGCCGUUGCCAGCACGUUCCUGCAGCAAGCGGUGCCAAAGGGCCUGAACCUGGCGCUCGUGGAGCUUGGCCGAUUGCCGCGUGUCGACAGCCUGGAGGAGCCAACUCGCAGCAUGUGCCUGGAUGUGAUCACGAACCACGCAGUCGACGGUCAGCACAUCUCGAGGUUCCUGAACUAUGGGGCCUUCCUCUCUGGCUCAUCAGCGGCAGAGGAAGCUCAGAAGGCCAAGGCAAAGAUUGCAAACACUUUACAGCCAAAGGACAAAUCGGCUUUGGUGGCGGUCAAGCAGCGUGCUCCAGAACCGCUUAGACCCAGUCCGCAAUUCACUCAUCCGGUGGAGAUUCUCGUGCAGGCCACGGGCACCGUGAGCAAUUCCAUCUUCCAGACUUUUGGAAGCAAAGCACAUGCAGCGGCAAACUACCACAGGCUUUCCUCAGCUAGCACCUUCAACAAGACAGUGCACUUCUCAUCGAUCUCUGUCUACAUGGGUCAGGGAGGUUCAGGACCUGUCACUGGUGCAAGCAGCUUGAUGGAUGGCUUGUCUCUGUGGGAGAGGCACCAAGGCAUCAACCACUAUUCGACCACGGUUCUGUGGGGUGCAAUCGGAGAGAUCGGUCUGCGAAAGGCCAUUUACGGAUCUCGCGAUGUCUUUGCGCAGUUUGACCUCGGUCAAAAGCUCAUCGGACCUGCUGACACAGCUUUCCUCCAGAAGCAGGUGUGCUGCAACCCGCAGACCUGGGACUUUGUGGGCUUGGCCUACUUGGAUAACACUUGGCAGGACUCCCUGGGAGGCCGUGGCGGUGGCGGCUUAUCGAGCCGGAAGACGUUCCUGGACAACUGA